UAUCAAGUGCUUAGUAUGCUUAAGUACGAUAAUCUUUCCCUCAGGGUGUGCGUGGGCCCCGAGACAUCCGAUGUGCCGCUGUACGACCCCAAGCUGCUGGCGGGGCUGGACUGGGGUGACGUGACGCACAUGAAGGGCGGCGUCACCUCCUUGUCGCCUGGCCCGGGGCUGAGAGUGAGGCCGCUCUGCAAGGGGGACUAUGAGAGAGGUUUCCUUCAGCUCCUGGCUCAGCUCACCAAGGUUGGGGACAUCACCAGGGAGCAGUUUGAAGAGCGGUUCGAGACAAUGCGGCGGUGUUCUGGCCACUACUACGUGACAGUGGUGGAGGACAUGGACCAAGGCAAGGUGAUCGCCUCGGCCACCCUCGCCUGUGAACUCAAAUUUAUCCGCGGUUGUUCGCAGAGAGGCAGGCUGGAGGACGUGGUGGUGAGUGACCAGUAUCGCGGGAGGCAGCUGGGCAAACUCAUCGUCACCACCAUCAACCUUCUGGCGCGCCACGUAGGUUGCUACAAGCUUGGCCUCGACUGCAGGGACGACAUGAAGAAGUUCUACUCCUCACUAGGCUACGCCAGCGAGCCGGGCAACGACAACACUAUGAUCAUCCGCUUCCCCGCCUCCUGCCCCUCUGCAAACGGCAUUCCCUCUGAUGCCUCCUGCUCUAACGGCACUCCUACUACUGCUCCUGCUGCUGCUACUACUGCUAGUUCGAAUCUCUGAGGGUUGUGAAUAGGUGUAGGUGUUCAAAUAUGCAACGAAAUGUGUCAUUGUUUUGUAUUUUCAUAGCCCGUAUUCUGAAACACUUCCGCGCCACACCUUCCACUGCUUUCAAAAGGCUUUAGUCGAAGAUGCAUGGGUUUUUAAAAGCUGUUUCUUUGUUUCUUUUUCUCACUUUUUUACAAUGACAGAUUAACAAGUAUUCUACAUAAUAAACAGAAGGAACACUCUUGAAAACCCUUCAAGUCAUCUCUGUGGCCUUUGAACGUAAUCGUGGCGAGAGAGUAAGGCGUUUCUGAAUACGGGUGUGAUGCGAGGGUUGAUCCCAGGUUUAGGGUGCAAUAAUGUGUGUGCUGUGUGGCCGCAUUCUCAAACGUUUCCGCGUAUUUUCUCUUUUUAACGGAUCCUAGUGGAAGUUUAGAUUUUCAGGGGUGUUUUUCACGAUUUCAGUAAUAGUUUAACAAGGAUUUUGCAAUGUGAGUGGGAAAAACAGGCAUGGAAACCUGCUGGAGAAUUAUUAUUUCUGGCCUGUGAUAAUACGUAGUCCUGAUGAGAGAGCGAAGCGUUUCAAAAUACUGGCCUUGGUGUGAAUGAAAGUGGAGAGAGAGAGAGAGAGAGAGAGAGAGAGAGAGAGAGAGAGAGAGAGAGAGAGAGAGAGAGAGAGAGAGAGAAUACCCGUAGGUUCCUUAUCUUUUAACCUGUAUGUUUCUUCCAGGAGCUAUUCAUAAAAAAAAACCUUUCCUUGUUUUCUCCUCUGUAUUGUAGUGGACAUAUCAGCAUCUACUUCCAUCCUCCUCCUCGUGUGUGUGUGUGUGUGUGUGUGUGUGUGUGUGUGUGUGUGUGUGUGUGUGUGUGUGUGUGUGUGUGUGUGUGUGUGUGUGUGUGUGUGUACAUAAAGCUGUGAUUUCAUGUACAUAUACAUACUUGAUAUUUAAUUUUUUUCUCUCUUUUGAAGUAAAAACGCACUUAAA